UGCACCUACUCGUAGUUGCGCUAAUAAUGGCCAUGCCGAGAGUUAUCAACAAGGUCCCAAACUCAGCCUUCUCGGAAAGCGAGGACUGAUGAGAGCUACUCCUACAUUGUGUUCUUCCUGGCAGACAAGGUAGGAGUGGGACAGGAUCAGCACUCAGCAGGAGGCGCAACAAUGAUCCUAGAAACAACGGUGAUAGUCAGCAUAGUCGGGUGGGCGGCGUCGCCGGUGGUAAGCAAGCUGGUGGACAAGCUGCAGUGGUACGCGGUGCAGCGGUACACAUGGCACCAGGGCCUCCCGGAGAAGCUGGAGACCCUGGCCCAUUUCCUGGAUGAGAUCGGCAGCACGGUGAACGUGGUCGGCGCGCAAGGGUUCAGAGACCCCAAGAUGAUGGGCUGGCUGUGCCAGCUCAGGGGCGCCGCCGACGAGGUGGACCACAUCUUCGACGUCCUCGACUACGAGAUCAUCGGGUCGUCCAGCUCCAGCCAGGCUGCUGCCGCCGAGCGUGGUGGAGCCGCGUCCAUCGGGUCGGCCGACCUCUGCGCCAGGCUGAAGAAGCUGCUCGCCAAGCUCAACGACAUCCGCCAGAGCUCGCGUGGCCUCGUGCAGGCCUCGAUGCUGGCCGUCGCGGGAGCAAGCCCCGACGGGGACGGGCGUUCGAGGCCCGUCACGGGGCCGCUGCUGCCGCAGGGGCUGAUCCCCCUCGGGUACGACGCCCAGUACGAGUAUCUUCGCACGUGGUUGCUGCAGCCGCCGCAGGGCAGGGGCGGGGUCCCUGUCCUCGCCAUCGUCGGCCACGGCGGGAUGGGGAAGACCACGCUUGCCCAGCGCGCGUGGGGAGACGAGGAGGUCAAGCGCACCUUCAACCUCGUCAUAUGGGCCUGGGUGUACAACAAAACGAGCGAGGCCGACCUCCUGGGCGAGAUCUGGAGGUCCGCCGCCGCCGCCGCAGGCCGGCAGCACGAGCAGAUGAGCUUUGGCGGCAUGCAGCUGGCGCUGCAGGAGCUGGUGAGAUCCAAGAGGUACCUGCUGGUGCUCGACGACGUGUGCAACGACGAGGCGGCCACCGAGCGGCAGAGGAGGGACGUGUGGAGCGCCGUGCUCGCCCCGUUCCAGCAGCCUCGAGACAUCGGGAGCCGGGUGCUGGUGACCACUCGGGCCGUGAUCUGCGCGGACACGCUGGGUGCGGACAGCAGCAGCAGGCUCGCCCUGGACGGCAUCGGCUACGGGUCGUUCGUCAGCCUGCUCCGGGACACCAGCACCACCGCGGCAUUCGGGACCGGGAGUGUGGAGGAGGCCACCCGUGCUCGGGAACUCCAACAAUUCCUUCGAAGCCGCUUUUUCUCGGUGCCGGAGGCAUCGUCGGCACCGGCGUCACGACGGCUGGCACCCAACUGGAGGUGCUCCCCACUGUCAACCAAGGAGAUGGGGCUCGAGCUGAGGGACAGCCGCGGCAAGACCAAGUGGGAGGAGAUCAUAGCAACGGACUCCCACAGGAAUGCGGUGUCGGUCCACGAGACCAGCUUCCGGCAUCUGCCGCCGCACCUGCAACACUGCUGCGCCUUCAUCAGCCUCUUCCCGAACAAGUUCAGGUUCCUGCCCGAGAUGCUCGUCAAGAUGUGGAUCGCCGAUGGGUUCAUCAGCGGCGACGACGGCUCGUCGUGCGCCAGCAUGGAGGAGACGGCGAGAGGGUACUUGGACGACCUGCUCGCCAGAUCACUCCUGCAACCCGUGCAGGACGGCGGCAAAACUUACUACAUGGUGCACGAGGAGAUCCAUUCCAUGGUACGAUCGGUCUCUGCAGGCUACUUCCGGAUGAUGCAGCCCAACUGCGCUGCCGCCAAGAUUCCUCACACGGUGCGCCACUUAUCUGUGACCACCGGCUGCGUGGCUCGGCUCAAGAAGCUCAGUCUCCUGAAAAGGAUGCGGACGUUUAUCGUUCUCAGAGAUCCUUCAGCAGCUGUCACCGCCAUUGACGAAGAUCUGCUCAAAGAGCUGGAGGGUGUCAGGGUUCUGGAUUUCACCGGCACGGACAUUAAAAAUGUGCCUCCAGAAAUUGGCAAGCUGAUUCAUCUGCGCUGUCUGGCUCUUCCUCAAACCGUGCGGACGUUCCCUGAAGAAUUUAGCAAGUUGUUCCACCUGCAGACACUAAUUCGGAGCACAAACAAAUACGACCAAACAGAUGAGGAUACGUCCCGCGUCCCCACACCCCUCCCCCGGCUUGGCUGCAGACCAAAGCGGCGCCAUUGCCACCGGCGGUCGGGGCGUAGGAAGAUGAGCGGCGGCACGGAGGGUGGCGAGGUUGCCGGAUCUCGUCCAUCGCCGUCCGGCUCACAGGUGCUGGAGCCGCCCUCAUCGAGAGCCGCGGUAGAGUAUGCUUGUGGCUCCGGAGUCGGCGGCGGCAAUGGCGCGCCAUGGGUUCCUCAUGCUGGAACGAACCAGUUUGCGCCAGCGAGGUUCGAUUGGAUCUCGAAUCAGUCGUCGACUCUCGCUUGGUCCUGCGGUGCAGCUAUGACUCCAGCUGCAGAUCCAGGUCAGUCCCCCCUCCCCCCUCGCGCGGCAGCCAGAUGCAGAUCUACAAAGUCCAGAGAGGAUUGUUUAACACCUCAAUUGCCUCCUGGCUAGGGGUGGUAAUGGGCCAUGGCUCUAAUGACUUCUUCACAGCCCAAUAAAGCCCUUAAAAUUUUUAGUUCAAAAAUACAUAUGUUAGAGCCCGGCUCUUUUAUGGUCCGAUCCUUAGAUUUUCUAGUUUAAAAUGUUGGGCCCUUUACCACCCCUGCUCCUGGCUCAUGUCUACUACAACAACAGGUUGUGCAUAUAUUCCAGGUGCUCGAAAGAAUUCUUUAUGGCACUAGACUCUGCCAAUUGGAGAGUACGGGAAAUGUCACCU